GCUCCUGAUCUUACAUACCAGGUAACUGGUCUUAAGGCUGGAGCAAACUAUUACUACAGAGUCUCUGCAGAAAAUGCAGCUGGCAUAUCAGAUCCUACAGAAAGCUUGGGACCUCUUACAGCAGAUGAUCCUCACACACCACCUACUCUGGACUUAAGUGCCUUCAAAAAGGGUCUGGAAGUAAUUGUCCCUGAACCCCUCAAAAUACGUGUUCCAAUCAAAGGCUAUCCUACUCCAGCAGCAGUAUGGUCAGUGAAUGAAACAGUCUUGGAAAGCAAUGAACGUGUAAAGAUAGAGACCACCUCUGCCUUUGCAGAACUUAUCAUUUCCCCAAGUGAACGCCCUGACAAAGGAAUCUACACAUUAGAGCUGACAAACCCUGUAACAUCAGUGUCUGGAGAAAUUGAUGUGAAUGUUAUUGCUCAUCCAAGUGCUCCUAGAGAACUCAAAGUUGGGGAUCUUACAAGAAGCUCUGUCAAUCUUUCCUGGGAAGCUCCUGAGAAUGAUGGUGGCAGUCCUCUCACUGGGUACCUUAUUGAGAAACGAGAAGUCAACCGCAAGACUUGGGCUAGGGUUAUGGACAAUAUAAUCGACCAAGAAUUCACCAUUUCUGACCUUAUCCAAGGCAAGGAAUAUCUUUUCAGAGUGUCCGCAUGUAACAAGUGUGGACCAGGAGAACCUGCAUACAUCGAUGAGCCAGUAAACAUGUCUGCACCAGCAACUGUUCCUGACCCACCUGAAAAUGUUAAAUCAAGAGAUCCAACAGGAAAAGGAAUCUUCCUUACUUGGGAACCACCAAAAUAUGAUGGUGGUUCACGUAUUAAGGGAUAUAUUGUGGAGAAAUGCCAGCGUGGCACAGACAAAUGGGAAAUUUGUGGUGAUUCUGUUGUAGAAACAAAGUUCCAAGUUGACAAUCUUACAGAGGGGCAGUGGUAUUCCUACCGUGUAAAGGCACUUAACAGACUUGGUGCCAGUAAA